AUGGAGACGCUGCCGGACGACGUGGUGGUGGAGAUCCUGGUGCGCGUGCCGGAUGUGGCAGACCUCUUCCGCUGCGCCGCGACGUGCAAGCGAUGCCGCAUCCUCAUCGCCGAGCCGUCUUUCCUCCGCCGCCGCUGGCCGGAGGGCGUGAGCCACCUGUCCUCCCUGCUCGGCCUCUUCACCGUGCAACAGCCCCGUGAAGAACCAACAGAAGGGGACUCUACGGCUGCGCCCAUGCCGCCCUUCACCCCAGUGCCAUGGUGCUCCCUCGGAGAACGCUACAGCUUCCUCACCUGCCCUUGUCCUCCUGACAGCCAGGCAGCGGUGCUCACCUCGCGCUGUGGCCUUCUUGUUCUGUGCUUCGUCCCACUAAACGAACCCACCAAUGGGCACGAGAAGACCAUGAACCUGGCAUUGUACGAUCCAAUCGCCGGCAAAGGCCGUGACCUGCCUGAGUUGAAGAGCGACAGACCUUUCCGAAUAGAAGGAUGCGCCCUUCUAACCCGUGCCGAUUGUUGCCCGGACGAAACGCGAGGGGCGGUGGCGGCGUCCUUCUUCAAAGUGCUUAUCAUCGGCGGCGACCGAGAUGAGCCACGGCACAACCUCCAUGUGUUCACUUCCACGGGGUCGAGCUCGAGCUGGAGCACGCCUAGGGGGUGCUAUGACUCUUUGGAGGACGACGACACGCGUGUCGUGUCUCAGCAGACCACCGCUGUCGUGUGCCACGGCGGCAUUGCGCAUUGGCUCUUCAAGAAUACGUCCAACUUGUACGUACUCAGUGUGUGUGCUAGGACCACAGAGAUGUCCUUGACAAGGCUCCCAGUCACACCGGACCAAACUCAGCCACUGCUUGGAGUCACCAACGACGGGACGCCAUGCUUGCUUCGCUUGGACGGGAAAUGCAUCAUGCUGGAGAUCUGGACACGCCGGAGUGACCCCAUCAUUGGAGACUGCAGCAACACAGAGCGCUGGCAUCGCACCAAGAUGAUCGAGUUACAACGACCCGAGCGGGGCAAGAUCGACCAGGUGCAGUGCGUUUGUGUGGGUCAGACGAGCGGCAUACUGCUCGUCAAGGACAAUCAAGAAGACGUGUACAUUGUAGAUCUCCAAACAGGGGCAAUGGAGGCUGUCACCAACUGGUUUCGCGGCAUUCUCGUGAUGGCUAUCCCUUUUGAGAUGGAUUGGCCAGAAUUCUUCACGCGCAACUUGGCAAACACUAGGAUCGAGCGAGCUAAACUGGGAGGAGUUCUAUACAAAAAUUGCUGGCCCUUUUUGGGAUAAAUAGUUGUGUCACUUGUCUUUGGGUCAAUUUCCAUGAGUUGGGCCUGGUAAGAUCUAC